AUGGAUGGUAGUAUUGACGAAAGAUAUGAUAAGACAACAUACUUUAAUUUUAGCACAUUGUCAAAGGAUCGAUAUGUACGUAUGCUGCUUGAUUCAUGGUACAUUUCGCCAUCAAUAAUAGAUUCGGAGCAGGAAGAGAUAUAUAAUAUAAUCUGCAUAGAUGAAAAUUUUAUCAAUAUAAGAACUGCUGGCUUUGAGAAAGUUCUUAAUGAUGAUUUAUUUGCUGAACUUAGACACACAUAUAAAGAAGAACUUGGUUGUAUUGAACAUCUUAUAUCACAAACCGUAAAAUAUUUCAAUAGUAUUAGCUAUACUAUAGUUGAUAAUGAUGAUCGAGUAGAUGUGAACCUUCGUGUUGGUGAUACUGUGAAUGUUUUAGAAGAUAUAUCAAAUGAUACAUUGAAUAAUCCAAAGACA